AUGCAUGAUUAUAUUCGUUGGUCCUUGGGUGAGGGGAAGAUCAGCUUCUGGGAUGAUGUCUGGCUUGGGGCUAACCCCAUCCGGAGUCUGUGUGUCCCGGGAAAUGAUCCUCCUCAAUCUCAGGCCGUUGUAUCAUAUUGGCAUGAGCAUGCAUGGGAUGAGGAUAUGCUGCAGAGUUUAUCUUUCAGGUUUGGCGUACCUCCAGAUGUGAUAGACCAGAUCAGAGCCACGCCGAUUGAGUUGGGGGCGAAGGAUGUGAGGCGAUGGAGUCUGACUAGCCAUGGCGAGUUCUCUGUAACCUCAGCCUGGGAGAGCAUUCGGACUAGACUGCCAAAGAAGGAGAUUUUUUGGCUUAUCUGGAACCAAGGGUUGACCCCUGCCAUCUCUGUGUUCAUUUGGAGGUUGUUAUUUGGUAGGUUGCCGGUGGAUGAGAAGCUGCAGAGGAGGGGGUUUGAGUUAGCGUCUAGGUGUCAGUGUUGUCGGUCUCCUUCAGUCGAGUCUCUUAGCCAUGUCACUCACCACCUGCACGUGCUUGUCUUGGCUGGCAAGAUCACCUCGACCCACUGGAGGGGAUGUUCGCCGUUGGUUGAUUUCAUGCCUUUCUCCCCCAGACAGCGUGUUCUGCGGUCACUCAUGGUCCUAUGGCAUCCCCCUAAUGCCCCUUGGGUAAAGCUAAACACUGACGGUGCCUUCUCUACAUCGACAAUGGAGGCGGGGGAGGGAGGAGUGGUUCGAGGCCCUGAUGGAGGACUUCUGCGUGCCUUCUGUGCUCCAAUAGCUGUAUCAUUGAGCUUUGAGGCGGAGCUGUUGGCUCUGAUUCGGGGGUUCGAGAUGGCUAUGGAGCUUUCGACACACAUCUGGAUUGAGCUUGACUCAGCGGCUCUGGUUACCUUGUUGUCAUCUGGACAGCUUGACGCUGCGGAUUUCAGACAUCACAUGGCUUUGAUCCGGAGUAUGACUGCUCAGCGGCAUGUUCGGUUCUCACACAUCUACAGAGAAGGGAACCGAGCUGCUGACUUUCUUGCAGGUAGGGGGGUUCAGACCCCUGCCUUUACUUAUUAUGAUCCAACCUCUGCGCCUCGGUUUCUGCAGGUGCUGGUUAGGAUGGACUAG